CCCCUAUAGUUGACUGCAGUUUGUGACGGCGUGCCAGUUUGUUCCAGAAACCCGAGACCCAACAUGGCAAUGAUACCCACCUCUUACAACGAGAAGGAUAGUGUCUGGAGUGGAGCCAAGCGUAACUCCAUGUACAACUAUGACACGUCUGUGGGUAAAAUUAUUUUCAACACCAUGAACAACUGGCCCAAAAACGUGUGCCAGAUAUGCGAUGUUGACAACGUGACAGUCACCUUUGAACAGGGUCUCACCUGGGCCAUUCGGAUCGCUCAGUACUUAAAGAAGCGUGGACUCAACUACAAGGACGUCAUUGGAAUUGCAGCGAAAAACUCCACCUAUGUGAUGCCGCUCGGCGUGGGCUGUCUAAUGAAUGGAACACCAUUCCAUUCGGUCAAUCCCUUGCUGGAUGAAGCUACCAUCACCCAUGUCUUCUCGAUAACCAAGCCCUCUCUGAUAUUCUGCGAUGGCAACGAGUACGAGAAGGUGCAUGCCGCAACCAUUGGAUGGCACCCGGAGAUCUACACUCUCACGGACCACGUCGAGGGAGUGCCCAAGAUUGAAACUCUGCUGGAUCCCACAUCGACUGAGAAGAUGUACCAGCCGGAGAACUUGAAGGACGGAGGCGACCAGACUGUCGCUAUUUUGUGCUCCUCGGGAACAACUGGUCUGCCCAAGGCCGUUUGCAUUUCCAACAGUAACCUCAUACAAGAUACCAUGUUGGUCAACAGCGAAUCGGUUAUCUUUAUUGCCAGCUGCCUGGACUGGAUCACGGGCCUGUGGGCAUUCGUCUUUAGCGCUGUGUUUGGUGUCACUCGCAUCAUUACGAACAAGCCCUUCACCCCUGAAAACUUUGUGGGCUUGGUAAAAAAGUACAAGAUUAACUAUGCAGUGCUGCCGCCCCGUCAUCUGUCGGCCCUGAUCAGCUGUCCGGAUGCCACUCCGGAGGCGUUGGCACCACUAACGCACCUGAACUAUGGCGGAGGCUUGGUUUCCACAACCACACUGCAGCGUGCUCAGGAACUGUGCAAACGCGCCAUGUUCAACUCCGGCUACGGAAUGACCGAGGUGGGAGCCAUCACCAUCAAUAUUGGAAUCAGCAACUUCGCCUCAGCGGGCAGAACCGUUCCAGGGGUUAAGAUUCGCAUUGUCGACGAGGAUGGCAAGAACUUGACCUACAAUCAGGUCGGAGAGAUCUAUGUGCACACGGGUCAGGCCUGGAAUGGCUACUACGGCAACCCAGUGGAGACCCGCCGCAUGCAGGACUUCGAGGGCUGGUUCCACACCGGCGAUCUGGGCUAUUUCGAUGAGCAGAACUUCCUGUACAUAGUCGAUCGGAAGAAGGAGAUCCUGAAGUACCAGGGCCUGCACUACUGGCCCACCGAAAUCGAGAGUGUCAUAUCGGAGCUGCCGCAAGUGCAGGAGGUGUGCGUGGUUGGCAUCUACGAUGAGCGAGAGGGAGACGCAGCCGGCGCAUUGGUGGUCAAGACCAAAGGAGCUGUUGUCACCGCAAAGGACAUUUCGGAUCACGUGGCCAAGCGGCUACCCGCAACCCAAAAGCAACUGCGCGCCGGAGUGCAAUUCACCGGCAAGCUACCGGCCAAUGCCAAUGGCAAAACGUUGCGCAAGACGGCACGCGACGUUUUUGUUGCCCAAAACGGGACAGCUAAGUAGGAUCUGAAUGAUCCAAGUAUAUACCCAUGUACAUUUUGUAAUCAUAAGUACAUUAGAUAAGUUAAACGAUUCAUUUUCAAACUGGAGUGCUUCAGUUAUGAGCA